GGCUAAUCGACGGCGCGUGUGUUUUUCCGGGGCUUAAGUGAUUUGGUGAAAUUUUUCUUGUGGAAAUUAAUCGCUUUUUCGCGGUUAAAAUAGUGAAAACUUGUAGUUUUGGUUUAUCAGAUCGAAACUUCAGCCUGAUACGUGUGGAUACCGAUUGAUUGAGAGGAAAUUUUCUAUUUCGCAAAAACAACCGCAAUCAUGAGUGAAAAGGAACACCAACAAAAUGGCGAUCACCAGAAUGGACGUGACGAUGAUGAAAUCCGCGAGCCAGAGCACCUGCGCAAGCUGUUCAUCGGCGGUCUGGACUACCGCACCACGGACGAAACCCUGAAGGCCUACUUCGAAAAGUGGGGCAAGGUGGUCGAUGUGGUGGUCAUGAAGGACCCCAAGACCAAGCGCAGCCGCGGAUUCGGGUUCAUCACCUACUCGAAGCCGUACAUGGUGGACGAGGCGCAGUGCAAGCGACCGCACAAGAUCGAUGGCCGCGUGGUGGAACCGAAGCGGGCCGUCCCACGGCAGGACAUCAACCGACCGGAGGCCGGUGCCUCGGUUAAGAAGCUGUUCGUCGGCGGAUUGCGCGACGACUUCGACGAGGAACACCUGCGGGAUUACUUUGGCCAGUUCGGUAAUGUGAUUUCGGCUUGCAUCGUCACGGACAAGGAGAACGGCAAGAAGCGUGGCUUCGGAUUCGUCGAAUUUGACGACUACGAUCCGGUGGAUAAGAUCAUCCUGCAAAAGAGCCACACCAUCCAGAACAAGAUGUUGGAUGUGAAGAAAGCUUUGCCCAAACAGGAGAUGGAUCGAUACAAGACUGAGGGCGGCCGUGGAGGUGGUGGCAGUGGUGCCUGGGGAAGCCAGCCUCGCGGUGGUGGUCCAUCCCAAGGAUGGGGACAGGGUGGUGGCCGCGGAGGCGGUGGCUGGGGACAAAGCCAGCGUGGUCAGAAUGAGUGGGGAACCAGUGGAUUCCAGCAGCAAGGUGGAUUCAACCAAGGCGGUUACGGAAAUGGAGGUGGUUACAACCAGAGUGGAAACUGGGGUAGCCAGGGAGGAAAUCCAUGGGAUCAAAACUGUGGUCAGCAGGGAGGUUGGGGCACCCAGAGUGGCGGCUGGGGCCAAGGUGGUGGAAGCUUUGGCAAUGAAUUUGGCAACAAUUACCAACAGGGAUACAGUGCCGGUCCGAUGCGUGCUGGUGGCGGUUACCAGAAUCAGCGAUCGGCACCAUACGGUAUGGAGUCGUACGACGGUAACCAAGGUGGUUUCGGCGCAAGCAGCGGAGGUUACGGUAAUGCCGGUGGAAACCGUCGAUACUAGACGAGUCACUAGGUACAAGCUGGCAGAGAGAGGCUGGGACACACGCUCUAUUGUGUAAGGUAAAUAUUACUGUUUUGCAAAGAACAGAGAGAGUUCAGAAGGUCAGAUCAGUCGAAUAGAGAGAGAAGAAAAGUCAAAAAGGCAGAGAUGACUAAAUAGGCGUGUGAGAAGUGAGAAAAAGGGAAGGAGAGAGAAGCCAGAGGAAAGAGGAGUAUGAGAAGAAGAAGAAGAGUGCAGGAAGGAGGAGAAAGCAUUCGUAUUUGUUUUAUUAAGCUAACCAAGGAAGCAAGGAAACUCGACAAAAACACAAGUAUAUAGACAAAUCAUUCAACAGGAAGAGGAAGCAGAGAGAGAGCAGCAGGAGGAAGAGAAGUGAUUUUUAUUGACAGAAGAAUCUUUAGUGAGAAGGAGAAAUCUUUGAGAGUGUGAGAAGAACAGUUGGAGCACAGAAGAAGCAGCAGCCAGGAUAAGCGACACUGUAAGAGAAGAGUACCUCUAUAACCGUCUCAAAAGUACAAUCAGCGCGCAAAUAUUGCAGCAAGCAAAGAGCAUGAGCGAGAAAAAGUACGGGCAGGUUCAUUUCUUGGGCUGAUUACACGAUACUUCUUCACCGGCUCUUCGUUCCUCACUCCCUCUCUAGGUUCGUUCGUAAGAAAACAGCCCAAGCAUAGAAGAAUAUGCUUACCAUUCUUCACACAAUAGAUCUCCAACCCCUUGUUAUCCCCACUCGUAUUGGGAUAUUCGGGCAGCAAUUUUCCCUCUCACGCAAUUUUCUUCGUGUGCAAGGAAGAAGUUUCUUUUUUUUUCUUUUUAUUGCGGUAAUAAUUGCAGAAGUGAAACAUACAGAAGAAUAUUUCGCAAAGUCUUAGGUGUAGAAAUAUUUAAUUUAAGGAUCAGUUGUAAGAGAAAUUUAUCUUUUUCUCGCAAUAUACACAGCAUAACAUUGAUUAUUAUAAACAAAACAAAGUAUAGUAAAGGAAUGCCUAGGUAAGCUAACAAACUCGUAAAAAUCGUCCAUCAAAGAGAAUAUACACACUUUAAUUAAAGAACAAACAAAAAAAUAAAGAAGUAAUCAGAUUGACUAGCAUAAAUCAACAGAUGGUAGUGCAGAACAUUUACGAGAGAAGAAGAGGUCAUAUGCAAAGCUAAGAACUUCAUCUGUAAAUAUUUACUGAGAGAUUGCCUUUUUUUGUUGAACCACUUGUAUAAUUUUGACUCCUUUUCUCCUGCGUGUAUCUCGUUUCACACUUUGGAGUUAUUUUCUUGGAUUUUCCUAUUUAGUUGUUCGAAAGUCCGGUCAAAUUUUCACUCUGUUCGGGAUAAAAUCCUUUAUUUAUUUUCGAUAUGGUCUACCACCCUUCUUUUCCUUCCUCUCAUCAGUAGUCGAAGACGACAAAUGAGUCAGAUCAGUGAAUAAUUAUUUAUCGACAGAAGAGUAAUAACCACAAGCAGUUCUAGAUUACCGAAUGGCCGAUAUUCGCUAGGAUUCCUAGACGAGAACAAAACAAAAACCAGAGCAGUCAACUUGCAGAAAGAUAAAAAAAGCAGAAAAGGUAAAACAAGAAACACGAUAUCUGUACUAACCUAGUAGAGGAGGUAAUAGUGGUAAAAAAACCAACGCAACUUAAGAUUUAAUCAACUAAAUGUUCAAAUCAAAUAAUUUUCAAGAUAGUAAAGGAAAGAAGUAUAGUAAGAGAUCAAAAAACAUAAA